AUGUCGGACGCUGGUGCAACGCAGACCCAAACCCAGACGCAGACUCAAGCGGGCUCGUCAGCCGGAGGAGGUUCUCAGCCAAGCCGUCGAGGCAGAUCAGGGAGAGGGAGAGGAGAAGGAGGCAACGGCCGUGGUGGCCGGCGAGGUGGCGGCAGGAAUGCCAACCCCCAGCCCCGGAACCAAGCACAGCCAGCACCGGCUCCCGAAGCCUCAGCAGAAAAUGCACCCGAAUCAGAGCCAGCGAGCUCGGGGAGGAGGGGCCGUGGCCGCGGCGGUAAUCGGGGCGGCCGGCGAGGUGGAGCGGUCCGCGGUGGUACGGUAUCAGGAACUCAGCGAACAUUUGGAGGCAGCCUUACGACUGCCGCGGACCCAAAUGCGUCGGAUGCACAGGGGCUGAGUGCGGAUGCCCCGGACUUCGUUCCUGGGCAGCCUGUUGUCCACAGAGGAAAACAACCUGCGCCGAAGCAAAAGAAGCCUCAGUAUCCACUGGCACCAAAAUCUGUAGCCGCAGAUUUACCCACGCGCAUCCAUGAGGACAUCAGCAAUGGCCAGUACGAGUGUGUCAUUUGCUCCAGUGAAGUAUUGCGGCCAUCUCGCGUAUGGUCCUGCGGGCUAUGCUGGACGGUGCUACAUUUGUCUUGCGUCAAGAAGUGGUUCACGAGCCAACUGAAGAAGGACGACGACACGCGCUCUUGGCGCUGCCCCGGCUGCAAUUCUAGUUUGACUGAGGAGCCGAGUGCUUACCACUGUUGGUGCGGGAAGGACAUCAACCCUCGAAAUGUUCCUGGUCUUCCUCCUCACUCUUGCGGACAGACUUGCUCGAAGCCCAGAGCAACAUGCCCGCAUCCAUGCCCUCUCGAAUGCCACGCCGGCCCAUGCCCGCCAUGCACCCUCAUGGGCCCAACACAGUCUUGCUUCUGUGGCAAACACGAAGUGACGAAGCGUUGCACCGAGACAGACUAUGGAAACGGAUGGAGUUGCAAAGAGAUUUGCGGAGACUUGCUACCUUGCGGCGAGCACUUCUGUGCUACUCCUUGCCACUCUGGCUUGUGUGGUAGCUGCGAGAUUCCUGUACAGGCAAGAUGCUACUGUGGCAAAGAGCACAAGGAGAUUCCCUGCGAUCGCCGCGACGACCUUCAGAUGUCAUUUAACUAUGGCCAAGUUUCCAGCUCGGAUUCCGAGGAUGUUUCUGAGGAUAGCUGGUUCGACGGCUCAUUCGACUGCGGAGCGACUUGUGGGAGGAAAUACGACUGUGGUUUGCACGAUUGUGAGAAGACCUGUCAUUCGCAGGACGAAGUGCCGGCACACUGCCCGUCGGCUCCAGAUGUUAUUGUUCACUGCCCCUGUGGCAAGACAUCGUUGGAAGAGCUUCUCGAACAACCAAGACAGUCUUGUCAGGACAAGAUCCCUCACUGCAAGAAGACAUGCGACAAGAUUCUUUCUUGCGGUCACCAAUGCAUGGACACGUGCCAUACCGGUCCUUGUAACACAUGCUUCCAGAAGCAGGAUAUUUCUUGUCGAUGCACCCGCAUUGUGAGCAAGACCCUCUGCCAUCAGGGAGAGAUUGCAACUCCAAUGUGUUUCAAGGUCUGCCAGGCCCAGCUCAACUGCAGUCGUCACAAGUGUGGAGAGCGCUGCUGUCCUGGGGAGAAGAAGGCAAUGGAGAGACAGGCCGCCAAGAGGAAGCAUAGACAGCAGCAGGCUCCGGACGAGGUUGAGGCGGAACACAUCUGCCUCCGCGUGUGCGGUAGGACACUGAAGUGUGGAACUCACCAGUGCUCGCAAAUCUGCCAUGCUGGGCCCUGCCCAAGCUGUCUCGAAGCCGUCUUCGAGGAGAUCAGCUGUGCCUGCGGCAGGACUGUCCUGCAACCUCCACAGCCGUGCGGGACCAGGCCUCCUGAAUGCCGAUUCGACUGCAGAAGAGCACCUCCUUGCGGCCACCCCACGGUGAAGCAUAACUGCCACCCCGACGAUGUCGAUUGUCCCAAGUGUCCUUUCUUGGUAGAGAAAGCGUGCAUCUGCGGCAAGCAGAGGAUGAAGAACCGGCCUUGCUGGCUGGAGGAGGCUCGUUGUGGUCUGCCGUGUGGGAAGAAGCUCAAGUGCGGGAAGGAAUGUCACCGUCCUGGCGAAUGCGAAGACGCUGAUAUUCCUGGCUCUCAUUGCGCCCAAUCCUGCGGCAAGACUCGCAAAUCCUGCGACCACUCGUGCCAGGACUCAUGCCACGCCCCCUAUCCAUGCAAGGAAGACCGGCCAUGCCAGAGCAAGACCUUUGUCACUUGUGACUGUCAGCACCGCAAGAAGGAGGUGAAGUGUAUGGCUACCAAGACCAACCCAACUCCGGAUCGCGACAUCCUGAAGUGCGACGACGAGUGCCUUCGCCUCCAGCGUAACCAGCGCCUUGCUGUCGCCCUCAAUGUCGAUCCGGAUCACAACGACGACCACAUUCCCUACUCGGACACGACGCUCAAGCUCUUCCGUGAGCUCUCUCACACCUGGGCCCAGAACCAGGAGCGCGAGUUCCGCGUCUUCGCAUCGGAAGCCUCCGAGAAGCGUCUGCGCUUCAAGCCUAUGCCCUCGUUCCAGCGCGCCUUCUUGCACGCUCUUGCCGAGGAUUUCGGCUUCGACUCGGAGAGCCAGGACCCAGAGCCGCACCGUCACGUCUCCAUCUUCAAGACACCGCGCUUCGUCGCCGCACCGAAGAAGACACUGGCUCAGUGCGUCAAGAUUCGCACCGACGCAGCCAAGACAGCAGCAGCCGCAGCUGCAGCAUCGUCUUCGGCGGCCGCCGCAGCGUCGGCACCAGAGCCCUUCAACGCCCUACUCCUCUCGGCUCCGCGCUUCGGCCUGACCAUUGACGAGGUCGAGUCCGCCCUCGCCAACCAUCUCAAGGCCUAUAACACCCUUUCCUUCACUACCGCCUUCCUCCCGUCAGAGGAAAUCCUCAUCCGCGCGGUCCCCGUCACCUCCUGGGGCACUACCCCCUCGGCCAUCGAGUCCUCUCUCGCGUCCCUGAAACCCCUCGUCGCGCGGACCGUAACCAAGGACGGCAUCGCCGCAGCCGUAACAAUGGUCCACGCCGACGCGAACCUCAACGUCCUCCGCCGCGAGGGAACGUCGGCAAACGGCAGCAGCGGCGGUUGGAACGCCGUCGUCGGCCGCGCCGCGGCACAGCGUAGGACCAUUGCGCCCAAGCCCGCCGCCGACGCGCGUCCCGCCAGCGGCUUCGUCAGCUUCUCCAAGCUGGCGCGCAAGAAGGUCGUCGAGGACUCUGUCGCCGAUGACUGGGAGGCGGCCGCCGAGAGCGAUGAGUGA